UCAGUGUUUGCUCAGAUUCAGAACCAGAGAGGACCGGAACCAGCACCAGAAUCUCCAACAUGACUGACUGAUAGACCAGAACCUCUGGACCCAGCUCCAGCCUCUUAACUGCUUCAUCUGCAUCUCCACAAAACACUGGCUUUGGGUUCUAACUUCAGACUGCUGUCAGAACCAGAACCCGUCUGGAUCGGCCCGUCCUGCUGCCAACUCUUCCCUCGGACCGGACCAGCAGCCACUGGUCUGACUGGACUGAUUAGUCCUCUGCAUCAAAACCGUUCAGGAUGUCUUCUUGGGCUGCGUUGCUCUUUGCCGUUCCCGUCUUUCUUCUGAUCGGCGCCUCGCCCCUGGAGGACGCUCCGUCCUCCGCCUGCCCCUCCUGCUCUCUGGCUCAGCUGAGGAAGAACUCGUCUUCGCCCGGCGCUCAGGAUGACAUGGUGGAGGCCGUGAAGCAUCACAUUCUGACCAUGCUGCACCUGAGCGCCCGGCCCAAUCUGACCCAGCCGGUUCCUCGUGCGGCGCUACUCAACGCCAUCAAGAAGUUGCACGUUGGACGGGUUACUGAAGACGGCGCUGUGGAGAUACCAGAGGAAAGUUUGGGUCCGGGGACAUCAGUCACACCUGAAUCUCCAUCAGAGCUGAUCAUCUUUGGAGAACCAGGAGACUCUCCAAACACCGUGACCUUUGACGUGUCGAAGGAGGGCGGCGCUGCCAGGGUGGAGCAGGCCAAUGUUUGGAUAUUCUUGAAGAUGUCAAAGGUCAAUCGGGUCCAAAGUAAAGUGGUGCUGCAGCUGCUGUGGACUCGCCGCGACGGUGGCUCCAACAAGGACGAGUUUGUUUCAGAGAAGAUGGUGGACAGUCGGCGCAGCGGCUGGCACACGCUCGCCGUGACGCACGGCGUUCAGGCGCUGCUGGAUGGCGGCGGUAGCUCGCUCGGCCUGCGGGUCUCCUGCCCGCGCUGCGCCGAGGUCGGGGCGGCACCCAUCCUCGCGUCCGGCGACAGAGCGAAGGCGACGGGCCACGACCAGUCCCACCGGCCGUUUCUCAUGGUGAUGCUGCGGGCCGAGGACGAGGAGCCUCAGCGCAGGGUCAGGCGAGGUCUAGAGUGCAACGGAAAGACCCACGGUUGCUGCAAACGGCAAUUCUACGUCAACUUCAAAGACAUCGGCUGGAGCGACUGGAUUAUAGCUCCGUCCGGUUACCAUGCCAACUACUGCGAGGGGGAGUGCCCCGCCCACACGAGCGGCUCGGCGCUGUCCUUUCACUCGGCGGUCAUCAGCCACUACCGUCUGCGCGGCUACGCGCCGUUCCAGAACAGCAAGUCGUGCUGCGUACCGACUCGACUGCGCGCCAUGUCCAUGCUCUACUACAACGAGGAGCAGAAGAUCGUCAAGAAGGACAUCCACAACAUGAUCGUGGAGGAGUGCGGCUGCUCUUAGAGCAUCCUUCCCGUCAGCACUCAGGUUCUCGCUGCUGCUCCACAUUGGAGCGAGCCAGAACAUUUGCCCUGGACCGGCCGAUUGUUCUGAUCCGGAGGAACCGGAGGUUCCGACCAGAUGGAGGCCAAUCAUCGUAGAGUAUUCCAACAGCUGUGUGAGGCGCAGGGAGACCGGACCCAGAAACCUUCUGGACGAUCUCACAUUCAGACCAAAAACAAGCCAACGAUCAAAGUUUGUCCCGUUUUUAAAAAAAUCAAAAUGAGACAAAAAUCUGAAAAACACCUGAACUGUUUCUGGGUCUGCUCUAAUUUAUUUACAUCGUUUUGUCAUUAAACUGUGAUCCAACA